AUGGCCGCCUCCGCCCUUUCAGCACCUCCCGAGCUGGACAGCGCCUGCCGCAUGGAGUCCGGCCCGGCGGGAAAGGCCGGCGCAGCCCCGCCGCCUCCAACGGCGGGGAAAGAAACGGCGUCGGCUUCUUCUUCCUCUCCGAGCCCCGCCGGCUUCGCGGCUGCGGCUCCUUCUCCUGCUGCGUCUUCUUCUGCUUCGGCCGUGGGCGGCGAGCUGGAUCUGGCCCUGGAGGAGGAGCUGGCCAUGCUGGCUUCGGCCGGGGAAGGGCCCGGCGAGAGCGAGCCGCCGGGAGGCCCCGCGGCCUCCCUCUCCUCCCCGGCCGAGCCGGAGCUGCUGCUGUCGCAGAUGAGGCAGAAGGAGAAGGACUUGGUGUUGGCCGCCCGGUUGGGCAAAGCCUUGCUGGAGCGCAACCAGGACAUGAGCCGCCAGUACGAGCGGAUGUACAAGGAGUUGACCGACAAGCUGGAGCACCUGGAACAAGAGAAGCACGAGCUCAGGAGACGCUUCGAGAACAAGGAAGGGGAGUGGGAAGGUCGAGUCUCGGAGCUGGAGAGCGACGUCAAGCAACUGCAGGAUGAGCUGGAGAAACAGCAGGUUCACCUGCGGGAAGCUGACCGGGAGAAGACGCGGGCGGUCCAGGAACUAUCUGAACAGAACCAAAGACUCUUGGACCAGCUCAGCAAGGCGUCGGAAGUGGAAAGAAAGCUUUCCACACAGGUUCAUGUCCUCCAAGAGGACUUCAGGGAGAAGAGGUCAUCCACCAACCAGCACAUAGUUUGUCUUGAGAGCCUUCAAUCAGAGGUGAGUCUCAUCCAGGAUUGGUUGCACCAGAGCCAGCUGGAGCUUCGAGAGGUGAGACUGUCCUAUCGGCAGCUGCAGGUCAAGAUGGAGGAGCUAAAUGAGGAGCAAAGCCUCCAAGCCUUCAACUCCUCCAGGAUGUCUUUGCUGUCGGAGAUCGAGCAGAGUAUGGAAGCAGAGGAACUGGAACAAGAGCGAGAACAGUUGAGGCUGCAGCUUUGGGAGGCCUAUUGCCAAGUCCGUUACCUGUGUAUGCACCUCAGAGGGAAUGACAGUGCAGAUUCUGCCGUCUCCACGGACUCUUCCAUGGACGAAUCUUCGGAAACCUCCUCAGCCAAAGACGUUCCGGCCGGCAGCUUGCGGGCUGCACUUAGCGAAUUGAAGAGGCUGAUCCAAAGCGUGAUUGACGGCACGGAUUCCCCGAGUUCUCGGAGAAGCGAUGACGAUGCUUUGGAAGAACAGAUCAAGCAAACGAGUGAAGAUUCAAGAGCCCUGAGGGAGUUAAUGGAAGGCGAACGGGGGAAACUGAGGCAGAGCCUGGAAGAGCUACAGCAGCUUCACAGCCAGGUGACGCUGCUGAGUGUAGAAAUGACUUCGCUGAAAGAGGAAAGGGACCGGCUCCGGGGAUCGGCCGAAGACAAGGAGAUGAGCGAGCAGCUGUUGAAGGCUAUCCGAGACCGAGAUGAAGCCAUUUCGAAGAAGAAUGCUGUUGAGAUGGAGCUGGCCAAAUGCAGGAUGGACAUGAUGUCGUUGAACAGCCAGCUGUUGGACGCCAUUCAACAGAAGCUUAAUCUUUCGCAGCAGCUGGAAGCGUGGCAGGAUGACAUGCAGAGGCUCAUUGACCAGCAGCUGAUGGACCGACAUCCUAAGGAAUGGAGCCAGAUGAUGAUGUACACCACCAGCAGCCACGGAGCCAAGAGGCGCACCCGGCCUUCGCCUUUGCUGAAGCUCCAGCAGCAAAGUGCCGAGCCGCUGGGAGCCGAAGGGAACCACCGCCUGUUUUCAUUUUUCAAGAAAAAUUAA